CUUGGCCGAGUGAUAAUCCCCACCUCACCGCCCGGAUAUACCACCACACACGACACACACGACAUUUCCCUCCGUCCUUGAAUCCCUCUCUCGACUGCUGGCAGCUCGGAGUUGACAUGUGCUCUGAGCUGCGAUAUGCCCCAUUCCAAAUACGACAGUCCGCCGGAAUCAAACCAUUACAACCCGUUUUUCACUGGCAGAAUCCGUGAUGGCGACGGCCGUGAAAGAAGUCCAACUCCUACCACCGACAGAAAUGAUAUUAUACGACGACUGAAAGCAAGAGGCGAUGUAGACCGACAGCAUGAACAACCGCCGUCAACUACACGAAUACCGACCGAGACCGACAGCAAUGCACUAGGCCUUGACAUCCUCCGUCCGCGCUCGGCUUUGCACCGCGGCGACUUUAGAGAAGAGUCGGAAUCUCAACAUGCCAUAUCCACUUCUCCCAUUGUACCAUGGCAUGCUCAAUCGCACUUCCUACAACGUCCACGAGCUGCCUCUCAGGCUUCAAUUUCAGGCAGCUUCUCCUACCAACCACCCACAAGUCCGCUCGUCCAUCAAGCUAAUGCUGCCGAUAUGCCUGAUCACUCGCCUGAUCACUUUACACCUACGCGUAUCCUACAUCCGAACUUGCAUCGCCAUUCGUCCCUUCGCGCCUUCCCCUACCAAGCCCAUCAACCUCGCCGUUCAAUAGGUUCAAUAGGCAGCCUGCCACAACCACCCUUCCCUUCAGCCCGUCGUCCAUCAAUCUCUGACGCCUCACCUCUUCAACACGCCCCUAUGGUUGGUUCAUACGAGGAAAGCAUUCUCCGUGGUCGCAUGUCAACAACUCCCUCCAAACCUCUGGACUUUGUCGCUCAAAUAGGUGUCUUGGGAAAAGGCGACUGCAAGCCAAGUCUCAAAUGUCCUCCUCAUGUCGCCAUACCCUUUCCUGCAGUCUUUUACAGCUACGCUUCUGGAACGUCGACAGAUCCUGAACCAAGUCCAUAUGUGGGAAUGCUAGAUCUGGAGAACACCUUGAAGAAGCCUGACGAUCCCGAAGCUCUGGCGGCAAGGAGACGCCGAAAACAUCAAGAACACAGCCACACUGCACUGAAGCAUCACGACACAUUUCACAUUUCUCAUGAUGACGAGACUUCGCGUCAACGACGUCAACACAAGAUGAGUCGCCGCAUAAACAGCUUACCUGGCGGAUCUUACCGCAUACCUGAGAUCGGCCAACUCCAGAUCAUCAUCAAGAACCCGAACAAAACAGCUGUAAAGCUCUUUCUAGUUCCAUACGACUUAUCCGACAUGCCACCUGGCACCAAGACAUUCAUUCGUCAACGCUCAUAUUCUGCUGGCCCUGUUGUCGACAUGCCGCUGUCAUCCAUGCGCAAUUAUGGCACCGAUCGACCUGAGGCUGCCAUUGGAGGACUCGAUGAUCCAAGAGAUAGACCGGUCCUGCGUUAUCUGAUCCAUCUGCAUAUCUGCUCGCCGGCAAAAGGGAAAUACUACCUGUACAAAAGCGUGCGCGUCGUCUUUGCGAACAGGGUACCGGACGGGAAGGAGAAGUUACGAACAGAGAUGCAGAUGCCUGAGCCUAGAUAUUCUGCUUGGAAGCCGACAUCGACAGAGACCGCCGAUUCUGCAGCCAUGGCGGCGGCGAAGGUGGAAGAGGCAAAAAGGAGGAGGAGAAGUGCUGUCUUCCCUUCUCAUUCCACUCUUUCACUGUAUCCUCAGCACUCACCCGCUUCUGGAUCUAUGGACAGCAAUAUUUCGUUCUCGGAUCUCUCGUUCCGCCACCCUGAUGCGCGACCGCCAUUACCGACACUGCAAUCUCGACCGGCUAGCCGCGACAGUAGGGGUGAUAUCGAUAUGGAUAUGAAUAUGGAUCUCGACUUCGAACCCUCUGCUUCCCCGCACAACUCUGCAUUCGGACAAAGAAAGGACGCAUUCACCUUCGAGAGACGGGAAGGACGGUCUGAGAGCAGAGGCAAACAGGAGAGUCUGUUGAGUAAGAAGUUGAGAGACUUGGAAGUUCGUGGUAAACAAGCAUAGUCAUGGGUGAUUUGUAUUUCAUGGCGUUUUUCGGUUUGGACCAGGUCAGCAAUCGCUCUCUCGGAAGGUUAUGGGAAAUUUUGGGAUUGGAAUGGCAGGGACAAAAUGGCGUUUUUGAAAGUAGUGAUGAAUCGCUUGGCUCUGCGUUAUAUGGAAUUUG